GAGUUCCAUGCUAUAGUGUGGGCUUUCUUUAUCUCUAACGGACUCUAUUUAUGCGUCCAUAAUGGCUUCUCUGCAAUAAGAAAUCUGUUUGUAUUCAAUCAACAGGAUGACCACUAUAAAAAAAUAACAUAUAAACGUCAUUGAUCAAGAUUUAGUGUUACCAAAAGUUAUUGAAUUCUCUCUCUCUGGAUUUCUACAGAACAGCAACGAAAAAUUACAUCACAAGAAAAUGAAACAUUUACUGAGAUCAUCUUUGAUUCCGGUCAUUUUUGUCCUUGUUCGAGAUCUAAGCCUCGUUUUAGGACAACCUCGAGUUUUCAGCUUCACCCCCAGACGUGGGACGAGUUGUCGCCCCUCUGAGUUCCACUGCGGUAAUGGGACCUGUAUCCCCGAGGAGUGGGUGUGUGACAGGGACAGCAACUGUGUGGACGGGUCCGACGAGUCCGACAGUCUCUGUGACACAAAGAAACAUAGACGAGUGUGUUACUAUACCAACUGGGCCCAGUAUCGAGAGGCCCCAGCAAGGUUCACCCCCGAGGACAUCAAUCCAGAUCUAUGUACACACCUGAUUUACGCCUUCGCCGAAUUGAGGGGAGCUCAGAUAGAAACCAGCGAGUGGAACGACCCACAAAUGUAUGAAAGAUUUAACAGAAUUAAAAAUAAAAAUCGAGAAAUAAAGACUCUACUGGCGGUGGGCGGGUGGAACGCCGGAAGUGGGGCGUUCUCGUCAAUGGUCGCCUCUACAGAAAGUCGACUACUCUUCGUCAAUUCCGCCAUUGACUUUCUCCGGAAAUACGACUUUGAUGGCUUGGACUUGGAUUGGGAGUAUCCAACUCGCCGAGGGGGAAGGCCCGAGGACAAAGAAAACUUUGCUAAACUGGUCAAGUUGUUACGGGAGGCGUUUGACCGAGAAGCUAGACGGACAGGAAGACCGGUGCUCCUGUUGUCAGCUGCCGUGCCGACAAGCAAGGAACUCGUGGACCAGGCGUAUGACAUCAUCACGCUAGGAAAAUAUCUCGAUUUUAUAAACCUAAUGACGUACGAUUUUCACGGCGGCUGGGAGAGUACCGUCGGCCACAACAGUCCGCUGUACAGUAGGAGAUCCGAAACCGAGGCUCAACGAAGAAUGAACACGAAUUGGGCUGCACGGUAUUGGAACCAGAAUGGCGUUCCUAAAGACAAACUGAACAUAGGGAUAGCGACGUACGGGAGGUCAUACACACUGGCGGACCCUCAGACUGACCGUCAUAUUGGAGCCUCAGCCUUGGCCCCGGGCCGCCCCGGACAGUACACACGAGAGACGGGCUUCCUAUCGUAUUACGAGAUUUGUCAGAUGCAAGACAGAAGAAAUGGAAAGAUAUUUAGAGACGAAGAGCAAAGCGUACCUUAUUACGUCACCGGAAACACGUGGGUUGGUUACGACGACAUUUAUAGCGUAAAAAAUAAAGCAAAAUGGAUUUUACAAGAAGGAUAUGGGGGCAGCAUGGUUUGGUCCCUUUCGCUGGACGACUUUAACAAAAUGUGUUCAACAUCUUCCAGAACGUACCCUCUGACAUCUUUAAUUUCUGAAACAAUCACGAACAAUCGCUCUGGGGAGAUGUUAACGACAACGACGACGACGACGACACCAUCAUCAACGACGACCUCGACAUCUACAACUGUACCUACGACCACAAACGAAGCUGAAAUCACCACCUCCAUGAAAACAACAACAACAACAACUCCACUUCCAUCAACGACAACAACUACAAUAACAACGACAACAACUGCUAGACGAAUACCACCAACCCCGCCACCCCUACCACCGAUUCCAGAAAUUCGGACAACAGUCAAAGAGCCAUCAACGUUACCUCCUAUUAAUCCGGUUGAUAACGGAGCAACGGGAUACAGGACAUUGCCACCUUCCGUCAAUGUCACUAGUUCUACCGAAAGUACCACUAAAGUCGUCAACAAAGUUAUAACAGUCAUGUUUAUAAAUAAGAAAGAACUACCUUUGGCACACCGAACAACAAAUAAAGUAGUCACCCAAACUCCACCAACUACAGUAACAACGGGAGAAGGUAUAAACUUUGGAGAGGUCACAAUAGCACCCACACCCAGAACAACAAAGAGACCCACAAGAACAAUAACAACAACAAAGAGACCCAUGACAACAAAGAGACUAACAACAGCACAACCGAUUGGUCCGUUUAAUCCGAAUACUGGACGCAAUGGGUUCCUUAAAAACUCACCCCUUUGGUUAGUAAUUACUGAAAGAAAAUAUUUUCCACGAUAUUCCAGGUAUUUCAGUUGCCACAGACGACGAAACGGUUACUAUGUGGACGUCCAUGACUGCUCAAAAUACUACGUUUGCCAAAACCGGAGAACUUUCCAUUACAAAUGUCCCAAAGAUUUGUAUUAUAAUCCCAGGAAACAAAUAUGUGACUGGAUAUCGCAGGUGUCCUGUGUUAAUCUGCCACAGGAAAGAACGAUCUUAUCCACGCAGCUGGUCUCAGGAAUGGCGCGGAUUUUGCUUACCUUCAUUUACCUUACUUACCUCUGUCACACUGCUGCCCUGAAGUACAAACGAGUAUGCUAUUACACAAACUGGGCUCAGUAUAGAAAUGGACUUGCUAAAUUUGAUCCUAAACACAUCGACCCGUCCCUGUGUACACACAUUGCAUACGCAUUUGGGAAGCUAGAAAACAACAAAAUCAUCAACUUUGAAUGGAACGACGGAACAAAAUAUGCCGAAGUCAACGCCGUUAAGAGAAUUAAUCCAGGAUUGAAAACUCUGCUAGCAAUGGGGGGAUGGACGGCCGGAAGUAAACCGUACUCAGACAUGGCUGCCUCUCCCGCUAACAGACGAACGUUUAUUCAGUCCGCCAUUUCUUGGCUCAGGAAGUACGACUUUGACGGCCUCGAUAUGGAUUGGGAAUAUCCCGCCAACCGUGGUGGUGCUCCAGAGGAUUUCAAUAACUUUCCAAUCUUGCUUAGGGAAAGUAUGGAGGCGUUUAAGGAAGAAGCCAAAUCAAGCAACAAAAGUCGACUUCUUUUAACCACUGCAGUAGGAGUAGGAAAAUCCGUGGCCGACACUGCAUACAACAUUCCGGAAAUGUCCAAGUAUCUUGACUUUAUAUCCCUGAUGGCGUAUGACUUACGUGGCGGUUGGGAAAAAGCUACUGGAUUUAACGCCGCCCUGUACAAACCCUCAGCUGACCCCAGUGACGAGUACAAUGUGGCCUUUGCUGUCGAUUAUUGGUUAAACAAAGGAGCUCCAAAAGAAAAACUGAUUCUUGGACUGGCCACGUACGGUCGAUCAUUCAAUCUUCAGGACCAGAAUAACUUUGGAGUGGGGGCACCGGCCACAGGGUCCGGACCCCAGGGGAAAUACGUCCCAGAGAAUGGGUUUCUUCCUUAUUAUGAGAUUUGUGAGAGACAGAUUCAAAAAGUCGGUAAAACGUACAGAGAUUUAGAUGCACAAACGCCCUUUUUCGUGCAGGAAAAAUUAUGGGUUGGUUUUGACGAUCAACUCAGCAUCUUUACUAAGAUUAACGACCUUGUAAUAAAGAAACAGUUAGGUGGCGCCAUGAUUUGGGCCCUGGACUUUGAUGACUUUAACAACAUCUGUGGGUACGGGAAAUACCCGAUCAGUAGAGUAAUGACCUAUACACUGCUGGCGUCAGAGUCGGGCGUUUCUAUCACCCCACCGUCCACACAUAUCCCUCUCUCCACUGUGGGGACAACAAGUAGGUCUCCUCACCCACCACCCACAGGUGAUGGCGGGAAAACUCCGGACAGCGGGGGCGGAGGGAGUGGUCACGACGGAAUAACGUCCCUAGAUGUGGAUUGUAGUAAAGUUGCCGAUGGUACCUACAGAUAUUCGUCAGACUGUUCUAAGUAUAUACAGUGUGUAAAAAGAAAUACAUUCGUAAGAGUCUGCCCCUCGGGGCUAGAAUUCAGUAUCGCCACUUCGCAGUGUGACUGGCCUUCCAAUGUGGAUUGUACAGCAAUAGCCAUAGUAAUAGUAACAAGUAUUCCUCCAUCAAGCACCAGUGCCUAUUUCAGGACAGACAACUCCUCUCUCGAUGACACACCAACAAACACUGGAGUUUUACUUUCAUCGUAUACACCCUUCGUUGCGAUGUUCUGUUAUAUUUUCAGAAUUUUGUGUCCAAUAUUGUACGUGUAAAAGUUGUCUAUGAAAUAUUUAAAAUUGUUAUAUUCAGUAGUAUAUUCUCACUAUAUAACUCUAUAUAGACGAAUAGUCAAUAAUUGUAAUAUUAGCUCGUCCGAAAAAAAUUGACCGGUCAAUAUUUUUUUUAUAUUGACCGGCUAGGAAUAAUAUCUAGAGAACAUUCCCUCUUUUUCAAAUAAUCGCCUCUGAUUAGUUGAUUCGUAAACGAUGACGUAAAUAACUCUUCGCGACUCCAAAACAAGGUGACGUCAUAAUAGUCAGUCAAGGCAAGUAAACAACAGACGCGCAAUGCGACGGUUUGCUAUCAUAACGGAUAUGAGGAUUUGCGAAUAGUACUGUGAAGUAAAAUCAGGUAGAACAUCUGUAUAUUAAUUCUUUCGGUCGGAGGAAUAUCAGCGGUUUGGUGCUGAGGAUAUUUUGGAAAUGAACUUUGCACAGAAUUGAAUUCGUGAAUUCUUUGUUGAGCCGAGAAAAUUACGGCGAUCUGUUUUCAAUUAAUUUCUUAAUUUUGGUUUGUUUCUUCAUAUAACAAAACAAAUGUUGACUGUGUUUUCGGGCAACAUUGAUUAUAUUAGCCCCCUUGGGACGAAAAUAUUGCCCUCCGCUUCGCGUCGGGCAAUAUUUCGUCCCUCGGGGGCUAAUAUAAUCAAUGUUGCCCUCAACCCCAGUCAAUAUUUGUAUAAUGUCGUAUAAAAAACUAACCAUCUACCAUCACAUGACUUAAGGAGAAGAGCGUACAAAUGUCUGUCAAACUCCCGAACCUAGGAUAUUUAAACGACGUACAACAUGUAUAUACAUCUCUUACAUGUAUUAAAAAAUCUUACAUUUGGAGGAGUGCAUCAGUACAUAUUUAAGAAAUAAACAACGUUAUUUAGUGAACAUGGCGUUAUGAAUAGCAAUUGCUCUGUUGGCAUAUUCCAUGAUGCGCGCUAGCGCAUCAUGGAAAAUAUACCAGCAGAGCAGUUGCUAUUCAUAACGCCAUGUUCACUAAAUAAUCGUUGUUUAUUACUUAUAUUUGCAUUUUACCACUCGCAAAUACCCUGUAUUAGCCUAGACCUUGACAUUUAGCUAUUACAUCAAAAGUAAACAUUCAGACUGUAAUGUAUCUUUUUAAUUCACAUAGAUUUGUUAACAGAAUCAAUGAUAUGUUAUAACAGUAAUUCCUUUAAAAUGUUAUCAAAAACAUGUUUUAAUAUUACAUGUAAAUACGUCAAUUUUAAUGGAGUUGGAGAAAAACACAUGAUGUAUCGUAUAGUUGUUUAAAUCUAUAACGUCACGGAAAAGUAUAUAUAACGUUACACCUUUAUGACGUCAUAGUAUACUGACAGAGCAAUUGCGAUUAUAGAGAAAUAAUUGCAGCUCCUCCGUAUGGGCUUACAGUGGGAAAGAACAAUGGAAAUGCAAAUAUAUAAUAUAGAACUGCUUUCUCUGACCAUUAACAAUCAGUCAUUCAUACUUUAUACUUUUCUCCUUAAUGUUACAACGUGAUCUUAAACAAUACCUGACUGUGCUAGCGCUAUAAUUGUUAUUUACUGGGCAAGAACAUUAUUUAUUUUUAGUCGUAAUUUGAAGGGUUUUAAACAUUUCCAAAAUAAUUCUAUUUGAUAAGAAAAAAAUAAUUUAAAAAUGAUUUAUCUUAAAGAAGAUAAAGCGCAGAAAUUAAAAAGAAAACGCCCUCUAUGCUUCGAACACCUUCUCAGGAAGUACAUGUAUCUACAAUACGCCAACUAUCACACUGGGCUACGAUGACAAAUAUCAACCUCUGUAGAUAACUUUAAUAGUUUGACAAUUAUUAAUGGAGUUAAAAGGUUUUUGUGAAAACCACAGAUUUUGACUUAUACUUGGUUAAGACCCCCACUUUUAUACAUAAGUAAUAAAGAAUGAAUAUUCAUACCAUAACUUUGCAAUUUAGCACAGUAUAAAAUGGUCAAGAUUUAAUGUUGUUUAUUUUGGAAACCUAUACAGUACCUCCUGUGUUUACAAAAUGAAAGCAAUUUAAUGACAUGCAUUGCGAAAUUUAUAGAAUAAAAAACAAUGUAUACAAGCCGAAUAUAAAUGCUUUAGAGAAAAUUGAAGAAAAUUAAAAGAUUUAUUUAUUGGUCCAAGUGGGAGAAAAAUAACUGACCCCUUGUACGCCCCUAUCCUUUAUUUUACUGUUGUUAAUACAUGUAUACCAUAAAAUGUAAUAUUUCUUAUUUUCAGACUGCAAUUCUCUGUACGAAACUUUGCAUUCUUUGAACAAAAAUCACACAAGGUUUUCUGUCUUGUACAUUUUCUGAAUUAGAAAGAUAAGUUUAUAUUGAAUUUUAAAACCGAUCGAAACAUUGUACAUUUUCCCAAGUUAUACCCACAUCACACUGUAAUGUUUG